AUAGGACCUGUCUUACCUGCUGUAGGAUGCAGCACUCUCAGGAUAUAGGACCUGUCUUACCUGCUGUAGGAUGCAGCACUCUCAGGAUAUAGGACCUGUCUUACCUGCUGUAGGAUGCAGCACUCUCAGGAUAUAGGACCUGUCUUACCUGCUGUAGGAUGCAGCACUCUCAGGAUAUAGGACCUGUCUUACCUGCUGUAGGAUGCAGCACUCUCAGGAUAUAGGACCUGUCUUACCUGCUGUAGGAUGCAGCACUCUCAGGAUAUAGGACCUGUCUUACCUGCUGUAGGAUGCAGCACUCUCAGGAUAUAGGACCUGUCUUACCUGCUGUAGGAUGCAGCACUCUCAGGAUAUAGGACCUGUCUUACCUGCUGUAGGAUGCAGCACUCUCAGGAUAUAGGACCUGUCUUACCUGCUGUAGGAUGCAGCACUCUCAGGAUAUAGGACCUGUCUUACCUGCUGUAGGAUGCAGCACUCUCAGGAUAUAGGACCUGUCUUACCUGCUGUAGGAUGCAGCACUCUCAGGAUAUAGGACCUGUCUUACCUGCUGUAGGAUGCAGCACUCUCAGGAUAUAGGACCUGUCUUACCUGCUGUAGGAUGCAGCACUCUCAGGAUAUAGGACCUGUCUUACCUGCUGUAGGAUGCAGCACUCUCAGGAUAUAGGACCUGUCUUACCUGCUGUAGGAUGCAGCACUCUCAGGAUAUAGGACCUGUCUUACCUGCUGUAGGAUGCAGCACUCUCAGGAUAUAGGACCUGUCUUACCUGCUGUAGGAUGCAGCACUCUCAGGAUAUAGGACCUGUCUUACCUGCUGUAGGAUGCAGCACUCUCAGGAUAUAGGACCUGUCUUACCUGCUGUAGGAUGCAGCACUCUCAGGAUAUAGGACCUGUCUUACCUGCUGUAGGAUGCAGCACUCUCAGGAUAUAGGACCUGUCUUACCUGCUGUAGGCCCGGCGCUCGGCACAUUCAAGUGCAGGACGAUCAAUAUUAUCUUGCUGUGUAGGAUGCCAGCCUGCAUUCUGCAGGAUGUAGCCAAUAGAUGUUAUGCGGUCUAUUCUUUAGUGGCCGCCGAACUAAGGUCAUUCCCGUACUUCUCAUUAGGCACACAAGCGUGUUUGUCCAUUUUUACCAUAACUUGUGGAAUUUUUGUGUUUGUUUGAACCGAUAAUUCCGUUGUAUAUUACGGAUGGAUGGUCACUCUGUCGUUUGGAUUUUAAAGCGUUAUAUGCUCAACUCUGAUGCAGUUCUCAAUGCAUUCAUAAACAACUUUUUCCGCCUAACAAUUUAAUGCAACUAAAUCUGGAAAUAUCUCUACGCUCUUUAGUUAUAUAAUACUUGAUACUAAAUUGACGAUUAUUGUUAUCGGAUUAAUUAGAGAUGUACAAGAUUACUGAAGAAAACUAAAGCGUCAGCCCUUGGUUCAUUACUGCUCAAUGCUCAUGUCUUAUUGUUCAUAAAUUUUAUUGCAUAUGUUACAUAUAUUUUCUACAACCUGUGCAUACUCGUUAAUUAUAUUAUCGAUUAAGAUAUUUUGAUUUGUGUGAUGCAUUUGAUUUCACAUCUCGUUUGUCGAAUCGCGUAUGGGCGGACCUGAGGCAAGCAAGCUAUAGCUAAAAUAUUCUCUACCAGGCAAACGACGUUGAGUCAAUGUUGACUGAACGUUGCUUCAACUUAGUUUGCCUGGUGAGUCCAAUUAUUCGUACUCCGUCUCUGUUAGAGCAAGCUUGCUGCUUAGGGGUGUCUAGCCACGGGCUCUAGUAGUCUGAUGCUCUACAGUAAUUUUGUAUCGGUGCAUUUAUUUUUCUGGAACGCGCAGCGACUAAGGAUUGUGCGCAUUACUUCGCUUCUUCAUAAUGUAGGAACAUAGUGCUGGUUAUUUGUUGCCAGAAUAUUUCAGACGACGGUCGUAGUUAAUGCUUAACAAUAUUUGCAAAACGUUUUGAAGAAUUUAGAGAAAAUAUAAAUUUCAAUCUGCUUUUGAAAUUUAAUAUUAUUACCUAAAUUAUAGGGAAACUGGCUUGGGUGCCAGUAGGAACUACCGCUACUGCGUCUCAAGACUAUACAUUUAACUAUGAGACUGCAGUUGGAUGUUCCAUUUAUGCUUGCUGACAUUUUGUGACGUUUCCAGUCUACCGUAUAUGCGACGGGACAUAAUUGAAAGUUUUCAGUUUAAACCUGCAUUGGUGCACCCAGCAUUUGGUUACAAAAUGUAUGACUAAGGUAGAAAAAACAAUAUCUCUGCUUUUGAUUUAUUAAGUGCACUCUUUAAGUCCACAUAGAAGUUGAUGCCAUUGCAUUCCUUAUGAAAUUUGUGCAUUUUUGCGAAAUCUUGUGCAAUAACAGGAAUAAUUAACCAUGAGCUGUAUUUAUACGUAAUGAUAAUGCAACUAUCUAACUUAAAAUAUUGCCUUUUUCUACAUCUUCGCAUGAGAAUAUUGUACGUUUUCCUGCAGAUGCGGAUUGAAGUUAACCUAAAAUUUCUGACGCAUUUUUGAAUGCCGUCCGAGUGUGUUUCCCCUCGGCCCUCAGUGAUGAUCUGAUACUCUAGUUCCGUUUCGAAUGCUGCAAUCAGUGCAGUGAGUAUUUGCACAAAAUCUUGUCAUUUUUCAAUCUCAAGAGCAACAAGACACGUGUGACAAGCAGAAAAUCUGCUGAACCAUACCCUUCACUACUCGCAUAUUUCUUUAAGAAGUCAACAGCUCAACCCACGCCGGCACCGCCAGCGCCUGGGCGCCAGCCGCCAAAGUCCUCGAGCAUGGAGUUAUCCACUUACAUGCCUUCUCUCACGGAAGGCUUGACUGCUGUGCAGAGUAUCACUGAAGCUCAUGAUGUUGCUGUCAAAGUAAAAUGUGAAGCAACUGCUGCCUGUUCUGUGCCUGCGCCAGAAAUAUGUGCAGUGUAUAUCAAGGAGGAGCUUAAGGAAGAUUGGGAUGACAUUUCAUUUAAAGAAGAACCAGUUUUUCCUGAAGAUGAUGAGCAUGGCAGGAAAAUCGAGUUCUGUACAUCCAAGAGAUCUUCAAAAAAUGUUGAGGCCAGUGAUGACCUGACUGCAAAUGAGAGAGUUAUUGAAGACACUGCUGAUGGUGAUGAAAUGUUAUCAUCUGAAGUUGUUACUGCAGAUGCUAAUGGCAGCAGAAAUUUGCUCACACCUUCAGUUGGCAGGAGUAAGCGGUCUAAACCUAAACCUAGUAAGGGGAAUGCUGCUGGCAUAAGUAAGCUCUCUCCAGCUGGAAGAGUUUCAGAAUUUGCUACUGAUGGUAGAGAAAAGCCUGCACUAAAAGGUACUGCAGGAGAUAUAACUUCAGUUGAUAGGCUAUCAUCAGCUAAGAAAGUUAGAAAAGAUUCAGCUGGUGGCAAGAACCUCUCUUCAUCUGGCAGAUUUACCAAAGAUCCUGUUACAAGUGCUGAAGUGCCAAAACUGGCAGAGCUUGUUGUAGGCACUGCUGACAGUUGUGAGUUGUGUGCACGUGCUGCAGCUGCUGAAGAGAUCAAUGGUAGUAAUGACAAUUCUGAAGCAUCCGGCACUAAGCCCUACAUGAAGCAGCAUUCAUCAAAGCAGAAUCUUAAUCUUCAGCAUUCAUCUACAUUAUAUCAUGAGUGCCCUGACUGUGAAUACCGUAGCAAAUUCAAGUAUCAACUUCAGCUUCAUAUCCUUGCUAAGCAUUCACUUGGGAAACUAUUCCAAUGUCCUGAUUGUCAAAAUGAAUAUUUCACCAAGAGGACAUUUAGACAUCAUAUUCUAUUGAAGCAUUCAUCUGAACAGCUAGAGCAUAGUGGCAACUCUCAAUCUUUGAGUGACAAGCAUUCAGAAGUCAGUCCUGAUAGUGUCAAUUUGCUUGCAACUAAAAAGCACUUGCAUUGCCCUAAGUGUGAGAAAACAUUUUUCUAUAAGACUGGCCUCAAGGAGCAUUAUAUAUUGAAGCAUACAGAAGAAAAGCCUUUUCAUUGUUCUGAAUGUGAUUUUGCUACUGUUAGUAGGUUAAGACUUUCUAAACAUAUGUUUCAAGACCACUCAUCUGGAGAAACUUUUCAAUGCUCUGAGUGUGAUUAUUCUAGUUUCAACAAAUAUUAUUUCAAGAAACAUUGUUUGUUCACACAUUCAACAGAAAAGCCUUUCCAGUGCUCUGAGUGUGACUUUGUUACCAAAUCUAAAGAGAAUGUGUAG